AUUUUCUUUUGUGUUUGUGUUUCUAAUUCAAAGGAAUACUUAUUAAUCAAAGUGGUAUUAUUUAAUAAUUUAAGAUCAAAUAAACGAAUGAACGUAAAAAAUGGAAAAAGAAAGGUUUUCAUUAUUACUACUUGAUCCCGGCGAAAUAUACUUUGAAGAUUUCAGCGCGAUUUUUAUACCACCAGAUAUUACACCAAAGACAUACGAUACUAAAAAACAGGAUGGUAGGCUCAAAAUGUGUUCAAAGUCUUUAGUCUUUGAUCCAAAAGAUAUUUCUAAACCUAUCAUUAAAAUUCUACUUAAGGAUUGUGUGGUUAUAGAACAGUGGAAAGGCACUGCCAAAUUUUUGAAUAGCAACAAUAAUGUACUUAAUGUCAACUGCAGAGAAUAUGUCGAGUUAUUAGAAAAAAAUAUCAUUGCACCAUAUCAGUUUAGAGGGGCUGCGAACUUUCUAUUUUUAUUGAAUUAUGCAUGUGUUGCUAAUUGUUUGCCUCAAAUCUGCCAGUUACAUAGAGCGAGCAGUUUACCAGCAGCAGAACAAGCUGAUAUGAUCGCAACAAUUGUACACUCAAGACAAUCGAGAGACGUCUUCGAUCCUCGGUGGAUGGAUUUGUAUGAAAAAAUAGUACUUGAAUCUCAGGCUGAUAAAGUCACUCCCUUAGUAGUGAAUCCAGGUAGAAUUGUACUAUCAACUUCCAAACUGUAUUUUCAACCUUACAAUCAAAUGGGAGAGUAUCCUGUAAAAAUAAACCUCAGUAGUAUUAAGCAAAUAGUCAAACGAAGAUUUUUGUUAAGACAAAUCGGAUUAGAAAUUUAUUGUAGUGAUAAUUCGCCAAAUCCUCACAUAUAUUUUUCGUUUAGAAGCCAAAGUUCGCGCGAUGAAUUGUACGAUAGUUUGCUUAAUCAAAAAGAAUUGAAAUUGGACGAAUUGCAACAGGAUGUGAUCACGCUUCAGUGGCAAAAUGGAAUCAUAUCAAAUUACGAAUAUCUACUGUACAUUAACAGUUUAGGAGAUAGGACUUUUAACGACCUAACGCAAUAUCCAGUCUUCCCGUGGAUUGUAUCGAACUACUCAGACGAAAAACUGGACUUGAGCGAUCCCAGUAAUUACCGUGACCUGUCGAAACCUGUGGGUGCCUUAAACGAAGUCCGUCUUAACCGAUUACUAGAGAGGUAUCAAGAAAUGACCAGCAACAAAUUUUUGUACGGGUCCCAUUAUUCCACACCGGGAUUUGUGCUUUACUAUCUAGCGAGGUUAUAUCCCCACUACGUUUUAUGUUUACAAAGUGGUCGGUUCGAUCAUCCGGAUCGUAUGUUUAACUCGGUGGCUGACGCUUACAAGAAUUGUUUGAAUAAUAUGUCGGAUUUUAAGGAACUGAUACCACAAUUUUAUGAUAUCAACGACCAAGGGAAAUUUUUAGUAAAUAACAUGGGAAUUAACUUUGGAUAUAGAUAUAACAAUCUAAAAGUAGACAACGUUGAAUUACCGCCUUGGGCGAAUAGCCCCAAAGACUUUAUUAACAAGCUAAGAGAUGCGUUGGAGAGCGAAAUCGUUUCAGAAAAUUUGCAUAAGUGGAUCGAUUUGAUCUUCGGGUAUAAGCAAAAAGGGGACCGUGCUCUACAGGCCAACAACUUAUUCUACCAUCUCUGCUACGAAGGCGCAAUCGAUUUGGACGCCAUUUCGGAUCUAAACGAAAGACACGCUCUAGAAGUUCAAAUAAUGGAGUUUGGGCAAAUUCCAAAACAAGUAUUUCAAGUUCCACAUCCACAGAGAAAGACCGGCCUCACUCUUCUGACAGAACCACUUCAACUUAAACCUAUCGAACUAAGCUUUGAAGAUACAUGGAAACAAGCUAGUGAAUUAGAACUAAUAACUAGCUUUAACUCUCACAAAAAUGCAGUUAGCCACCUGUUCAUAAACGAGGAUGGAGAACGUAUAACUUCUGUUGGACACGAUUCAAAGCUUAAGGUAUUUUCCGUCUCCCAAAACAAACAAAUCAGAAGUGCCAACAUCGGAAAUAUGCCUUUAAGCAGUUGUAUCCAAUUGCCCAAUACAAGCGUACUUAUUAUAGCUAGUUGGGAUAAUGAAAUAUCCUUAUAUGAUCUAGACUAUGGUCGAGUUGUCGACAAUGUCCUAGCUCAUGAAGACGCAAUAACUUGCCUGGAGUAUGGUAAAAUCUCGAAUGUUAUAGUUUCUGGUAGCGGAGAUUGCACGGUCAAGCUAUGGAAAGGACUAAGCAGUAAUGGAUCAGUAACGUCCAUACAAUGCCAGAAACACAUCGACCAUAAUUCGGCAGUUAGCUGCUUAAGUUUUAACAAUGAUAACGAUCAUUUGGCCGUUGGCACUGAAGAUGGUGACAUAUACAUAUGGGAAAUGACCAAUUUUACAUUAUUUAAAAAAUACAAUCCCCAAUCGUCAAGUAUUACUACACUUAGCUAUAGUCCAGACGGAAUGAAGUUAGCAUUAGGCACAAAAGACAAGUUGUUUCAAAUAGUCGAUGUAAAUACAGGUCUGCCAGUGUUCAGUAAAAAUAUGAGUAAUGCAGUGACAUCGUUGAAAUAUAGCGAAUACUUACUGGUAAUUGGUUGUGAGGACGGAACCUUGUCGUUGUGGGACAUCUUUGAAGUAAAACUUCUAUUAGAAGUGAUUGCACACUCAGGUUCUAUCAGAACACUAGACAUUUCAUCAUCACGGGACUUCAUAGCGACUGGUAGUCAGGAUCGCUCUAUAAAAGUAUGGAAACCAAAAGUAACGUCAUAGCAUCACUUGUUUUAUCCUAAUAAGAUCAAAACUAAGUAUUCCCAGAAUACAUUUUCCAAGUCUAUAGUUUAUUGUGAUAUUUUUAUUAUAACUGUUUUAUAUAUUUAAAAAGAUUUAAUAAACAUUUUUA